AUGUUGCUUCGUGUACUUCUUUUGUCUAGUCUGCCCAGCAUUCUGGCCGUCAAUUUCCCGUUUGAAGAAGUCCAACUCACCGAUGCAGAUAUAUCUAGCAAUAGUGAUGUCCAAUUCGGCGGCAACAACAGCGAAGCUGCCAUUGAGGGAUGCAAAUAUAUCCCUGGUGAUGAUGAGUGGCCCACUGAAGCCGAAUGGGCGAGACUCAAUGACACCUUAGGAGGAGCUUUGCUAAAACCCAAACCUCUAGCCAGCGUCUGCUACGCUGGACCUGACUACGACGCCAGAAAAUGUUCAACUCUGCAGAGAACCUGGACGAGUGCUGCCUUACAUGCAAAUGACCCCAUCUCGAUCAUGUCUCAGUGGCCUUCGGGUCAUUCCUGCGUACCUACUUCAAACCCUAACUCUACAUGUACGCAGGGAGGUUGGCCGGUGUACGUGGUCAACGCAACGACGGUUCGGCACAUCCAAGCUGGAGUCAACUUUGCACGCAACCGAAAUAUUCGACUUGUCAUCAAAAAUUCCGGCCAUGACUUCAGCGGCCGAUCCAUCGGCGGCCACUCCCUCAGCAUCUGGGUCCACAAUCUCAAAGACUUCGCCUAUCAUCCAACUUACACCGCCAGCAACUACACCGGCCGAGCUGUAUCCUAUGCUGGCGGUUACCAGGCUCAAGAUGCUCAGGUCGAAAUGGCCAGACACAACAUGACCUUCAUCGUCGCCGGAGGGCCCACUGUCGGCAUCGCUGGAGGCUUCCUGCAGAGCGGUGGUCACAGCGGGUACACGAGUUUCUACGGGAUGGCCGCUGACCGUGUGUUGAGCCUUCAGGCAGUGACUGCGGAUGGGAGGCUGGUCACUGCGAGCGCAGAUGAGAACGAAGACUUGUUUUGGGCGUUCAGAGGAGGGGGUGCUGGUACUUACGGCAUCAUCACAUCCGUCGUCGUCCAAGCCUUCCCCAACCUACCACGGGCAUCUGGAAGCAUACAGUUCUCCACCGUCGCCUCAGGGAACACCCCCGGGGUGGACGUCGAAACCUUCUGGCGAGGCGUACAGGCGAACUGGGCAUACGGACCCGCCAUCUGCUCGGAGGGAGGCUUAGGCUACAACUUCAUCCGCCACACACCCUCCGGCAACGGCACCAGCGGCUACACAUUCCAAACCUCGAUCUCGCUGAACAACCGCACCGCCCCGCAAUACCGCACCUUCAUCCGCCCUCUCCUCCUCGAGCUCCGCGCCCUCGGAAUCCCCGUCCCCCUCCCAUCCAACCUCACCAUCCGCUCCACCCUCUCCCCCUCUCCCCCCCCCUUCUCACCCCCCUCCCUAACCCCCCGCACCCCAUCCGACACAACAACAAACACCCUCAUCGCCUCCCGCCUCUUCCAACUCUCCAACCACGCCCCGGGCGCCCCCCUCACCGCCAUGUCGAACUCCAUCCGCCACCUCGUCGAAACCUCAGGCGGCGCCUACGAAUUCCACGGCAUGCACUACUCGCCCACGCUCGCCGCGGCCGGGCACCCCUCCAACGCAGUCCACCCCGCCUUCCGCACCACCAUCAUGCACGCGCAGGCCUACCGCCCCGACGAAUGGUGGGACGGCACGUCCCCUGUCGGGACCUGGGACGCGCGCACGCAACGCCACGAGCGGCUGCAGCGGUACCUGCAGACGUGGCGGGAUAUCACGCCGGGGUCGGGGAGUUAUAUGAAUGAGGGGGACAUCACGGGGGAGCCGGACCCCGUGGGGGCGUUUUAUGGGGGCGAGGAGAGGUAUGAGAGGUUGAGGGGGGUGAAGAGGAGGUGGGAUCCUAGGGGGGUGUUCUGGACGGUUAGGGGGGUGGGGAGUGAGGGGUGGGAGGUUAGGGGUGAGGAUGAGGAGGGGGAGGACGGGGGGUUGGGGGUUAGGAGGCAGGAUGGGAGGUUGUGUUUGAAGGGGGCGGAUUAA